CUAGAAGCACUCUCAUGUACAUACAUACACUGUGACUGUCCCUCCUCCUCUCGCAGAGCACGGGGCAGCCAUUCCAGAGGCUGGGGAGAGACAGUGCCACUUCUAGGUCCCUUUCCCCUGCUACACAGGAGAACAACAAUUCAGCAACUUAAAGAAAUACUCAGUUGGGCGGAAACACCCGGAACGCAGCGUCCAGAGAAGGGAGAACUGCUGCGAAGAAUACAUUCACUACUUUGUUACCUGACUUGCUCUAUAGAGCCCUAUAGAGUAUAGACUGUGUCAGGACUCAUCGGUGCAGGCUGCUGGAGGAGUUUUUGAAUUACAGUACAUAUGUAGCUUUGUCAUUUGUCUGCAAACCACAAACGGAUGUGAAGGAGCAAGGUGCUGUUGUUAUCUAUGUGAUAUACCUCUGGCUGGGUCCUGCAUCACUGUUUGUUUUCCUGCUAUUGGACAUACAAGACUGGAGUUUCCUUGAUGUGUACAGUGCAAUGGAUGUGAGAUUUUACCCACCACCAGCACAGUCCGCUGCAGCUCCUGACACCCCCUGUUUGGGACCUUCCCCCUGUUUGGACCCCUACUAUUGUAACAAGUUUGACAACGAUAACAUGUACAUGAGUAUGUCAGAGCCAAGCCAGGACUACGUGCCAGCAAGCCAGUCUUACCCUGGCCACAGUCUAGAGAAUGAAGACUUUAACAUCCCACCUAUCACACCACCGUCACUACCAGAGCAUGCGCUAGUCCCUCUGUCGGAGGCGGAAACAGGAUACCAGUCCCUCUGUCAUCCAAUGGCUCAGAAUGGUCUACUUCAGUUUCAUCCACAAAAUAUGGAUUUGCCAGCAAUUACAGUAUCAAGCAUGCUGGGCCAAGAUGGUUCUCUUAUUUCCAACUCCCUUUCAGUGUUGCAGGAUCUGCAGAACUCGGAGAGGACUCAAUAUUCCACUCACACGCAAAUGGCGGCUAUGAGAGCAAGAGCACAGCCUCAAGAUCUAAGACAGGCAGCUAUGAUGCAACAUGGUCAGCUGACUACAAUCAACCAGUCGCAACUCAGCGCUCAGCUUGGUUUGAAUAUUGGAGGAAACACUGUAGCACAUAAUUCCCCAUCUCCACCUGGAAGUAAAUCUGCCACACCUUCACCAUCUAGCUCAGUCCACGAAGAUGAAGUGGAAGAUACAGCAAAGAUCAGUGGAGGGGAGAAACGACCAGCCCCUGACAUGGGAAAGAAACCAAAAACACCAAAAAAGAAGAAAAAGAAGGAUCCAAAUGAGCCCCAGAAACCAGUGUCGGCUUAUGCACUAUUCUUCCGGGAUACUCAAGCAGCCAUAAAGGGUCAGAAUCCCAAUGCUACAUUUGGAGAAGUGUCCAAAAUUGUAGCCUCAAUGUGGGAUGGAUUAGGAGAGGAGCAGAAACAGGUGUAUAAAAAGAAAACUGAAUCUGCCAAAAAGGAGUAUCUGAAGCAAUUGGCCGCAUACCGAGCAAGUCUUGUAUCCAAGAGCUACAAUGAUCCUAUUGAUGUUAAAACAUCUCAACCUUCUCAAAUGAUGAAUUCAAAGCCUCCAGUGUUCCAUGGACCCACACAGGCACACUCUACAUUGUAUCUCAGCUCCCCUUACCACCAACAGUCAACAAUGAAUCCACAUUUAUCUGCCAUGCAUCCCGGUAUCAACAGGAACAUAGCUCCAAAACCCAACAACCAAAUGCCAGUGACUGUUUCUCUAGCAAGCAUGGCUGUAUCUCCACCUCCAUCUCUUCAGAUGAGUCCACCUCUCCACCAGCACAUGCAUAUGCAGCAACACCAGCCAAUGUCCAUGCAGCAGUCCAUUGGAAAUCAGCUACAGAUACAGAGCCAGACAGCUUUGCAUUCACCAGCAAUGCAGCAGUUUGUUUCUUCCCCAGGGAUUUACUCUCCAGUCAGAAUAUCAGAACCUUAUCAACCCAACAUCUACAGCUGCCCAGGUUGUUACUCAAGCAAUGGAGUAUGUCCGUUCAGGUUGCAGGAAUCCUCCAGGACAGCCCAUAGAAUGGAACAAUGACUACUGCAGUAAUGGGAACAUGCAGAGAGACAAAGCACUGUACCUAACCUGAAAAUAUGACCCAAGCGGAGAAAUUUCUUUCAGAUGAGGAAUGCAGGGACAACUUUUGUCGAGGAUCGCAUUUCGCGGCCAUGGCACUUCUGCAGUUCAUUAGAAAAUACAAGUUGCUAAGCACUUAGGACAUUUGCAUUUGUGGUUUAUCCACUCUGGGAAAUAUAGUCUUGCUUCAAUUCUUUUUAAACUUCUCUAAGUAACAUCUUUCUCCCUUCUUUACUGAAUGAAGAUUACUAAAGAAAAUUGGACCAUUCUUAUUUUAGGUUUUGCUGUGAAGUGCUGCACUAGGAAAGCUGCCUUAGCAACUGUAGUCAUCUCAGAUAAAACAAGUUCUGAAGUUUCCAUUGGUUUUCAUAAAGGUUGUUUAUAUAAAUCUACUAAAGACUUUCUCAACGGCUUGACGUAGCACUCAUAACAAGGAUGUAAAUAGCAUGAGUGUUCAUUCUCCUAGAGUAUAAAAUGUGGAUGUUGUUGUAGCAAAAUUACGAUUUAAAACUGGUACAUUCCAGGUGGUAAUUUUUGGAAUAUUAUUAUAAUGUGCAAACAUUCAUAUUUUUGCUUUUUUUAAAUGCCUAAUAUGUCUAUAUUUUCAAAAAUAUUUUUGGAGAAAAUCACCCUCCAAAAAAAAAAAAUAUGUGAAAAAUCGGCUAAUUAUAAAGUGGGCCACACCGAAAGCAAACACGUUUAUUUUGUACCGCAUUGAAAUGGCUUUUUGUAUCACUUGUGUAAUUGUUAGUAAAUGUCAUUAUGUCCCUAUAUGUAUAAAAAAAAACUGCCAAAUGCUUACAUGUUAUUUUACUAGAUGCAGAAACAGAUUGGAAACAGCUAAAUUAUAACCUUGAUAUCUGGCUAUGUGUUAUUGUUUCUCCAUAAAGUGUCUGUAUUUAAUCUUUUUAUUUUAUUUUAUUUUCAUUGUUUUUUUUGUUUUUUUAAUUAUAUGAAGCCUGUUGCGCCUAUUUAUGAAAUAAUAAAUCUACGUGUUUGUAAGUAAUUUUCUUAGCUUUUUAAACAUGUUUCUUUGAUGUUUUAACAUUUUUGCUGGAAAAAAAACUAUAUUGUAUCACAAUUCAUGUGAAUACAUUUCCUUUCUACUGUGACAUUAAAU